AUGUGGUUAGUGGCAAAAUUGGAUCCCAUCAAGUAUAUUUUCGAAAAACUUGUCUUGUUUGGAAGAAUAGCACGGUGGCAAGUUCUAGUAUCUGAGUAUGAUAUUGUGUAUGUGUCCAAAAAAUCAAUCAAAAGGAGCGCCAUCGCUGAUUUCCUCACAGAUCGAGCUACUGAGGAUUAUGAACCUGUAAGUUUUGAUUUUCCAGACGAAGAUUUGAUGGCCAUCUUGCACAUAGAAAAGGACGACCCUAAUGAACCUAAUCCAUGGAAGAUGUAUUUUGAUGGAGCAUCUAAUGCUUUGGGGCACGGAAUUGGGACAGUGUUGGUUUCUCCAAAUGAAAAGUACUAUCCAGCCACGGCAAGAUUGAAUUUCAAUUGUACUAAUAAUAUGGUGGAGUAUGAGGCUUUGCUAAUGGGAUUACAAGCAGCAAUCGAGAUGAAGGUUAGAACAAUAGAGGUUUACGGAGAUUCAGCUUUGGUGAUAUGUCAAAUGAAAGAAAUCUAUGAAGUCUCCAUACACUGCCUGUAUGUUGAAGAAGAGGUUGAUGGUAAGCCAUGGUAUCAUGAUAUCAUGCAAUACAUUAGGCACCAGGCAUAUCCGGAGAAUGCCACGGACAAUGACAAAUGGACCCUUAGAAGAUUAGCAACGGGUUUCUUCUUGAGCGGAGAAGUGCUAUACAAAAGAUGUCAGGAUCAAGUACUUUUGAGAUGUGUGGAUGCUACUGAGGCCAACAAAAUAAUGGAAGAAGUCCACGAAGGAACUUGUGGAGCUCACUUUAAUGGACAUAUGUUGGCCAGACAAAUUAUGAGAGCUGGAUAUUAUUGGUUGACAUUGGAAUCAAACUGCAUAAACUUCGUUCGAAGGUGCCACAAGUGUCAGAUUUAUGCAGAUAGGAUCCAUGCUCCACUAGCCCCAUUGCACGUUUUCACGGCACCUUGGCCAUUUUCAAUGUGGGGAAUGGAUGUGAUUGGGCUUAUUACUCCAAAAGCCUCUAAUGGACAUCGAUUCAUAUUGGUGGCCAUUGAUUAUUUCACGAAAUAG